AUGUUUGCUUCUUUGGGUCUAUUCAAGGCUGUUGCUUGUCCUGAGGGUUCGCACUGUGCGCUGUUGAACUGCAUAUUUCUUCAUCAAGAUCCGAAAAUUGAACAGGUGCAGCAAAUUCCGCGCUUGGGCCAGACGGAGGAUGUUCGUGAACCGGCGGAGAAGAAGAGGAAACUCGUACAUGAGCAUGACGGCCAGCCUAGAAAAACCACAGUCCAACCUGGACAACAUCGCCAAACUGCACCUAAGGAAAUCAAAGAUCUACCUUCUGUGCGGAGAAAAGUGUCACCUCCUCCAGUCAGGCCACAGGAGAAACCUAUCAAAAGCCCCGCGACGACGACGACGGUAACAGGUCUAAGUCUGAAAAGAAAAGCACCCAAAGAAUCCCUCAAUCCGAGACUACUCAAAAAAGCGCCGGCAACACAUUCAGUCCGUUCGACAAUUCUAGUCAAACUGCACGCGACAAUGAAAGCGCUAAAUGAGAAAAUGGCAAAACUGAAGAAACCCGAAAAGGCUUCCUUGGUCUUGACGCCUGAUGAGUUGAUUGUCAUGGCGUUGGACGAAGAACAGAAAACUGCAACCCAAAAUCCGUCUGUGUAUGGGAAUAUCAUCAAACUCCGUAUCGUGAAGCUGUCGCGAAUGAGUGUGGAGGAUUGGGAGAAAGAAGUUGCUGCCCAUCUCAAUGCGCGAUACUACAAACUCGAGCCCGCCAAACCGGCUGAAACAGAACCUAAACGAUACACAACAGAGCUAACGGACGAAGAAGAAAUCGCCGUAGCGUUAAUGCUCCGCACUGAAAUCAAAGGCAAAGAACAAUAUGGCUACGUAACCCACAUCCCGACAGAAACUGAAAUCCUCGAAGCCAAAAAGGGAGUCCAAGCAGCGGACGGAUGGGAGAAAUGUGACCGCUGUGCAGGCCGGUUUCAAGUCUUCCCCGGUCGUCGUGAAGACGGCACUCUGGCCUCUGGUGGACAAUGUACGUAUCACCCCGGGAAAGUGUUUCGACCGUCUAGAAAGGCUACGGAUCACAUUACGGGGGGUCAAACAGAGGCGUAUUUUCCGUGUUGUAACGAGACGGUUGGGACGUCGGCGGGAUGCACCAAGGCAGAGCACCAUGUUUUUAAAGUGUCGGACCCGAAGAGGCUGGCUGCUGUGCUGCAGUUUGAGGAGACUCCAAGCCAUGCCGAUGGACAGUCUCGGGGUCCGGUUACGUUUGAUUGUGAAAUGGGAUAUACGACAUUGGGCAUGGAAUUGAUACGCUUGACGGCUCUGAGCUGGCCACAAGGUGAUACCCUGCUUGAUGUAUUGGUCAAACCAAUCGGAGAAAUCCUAGACCUGAAUUCAAGAUACUCCGGCGUCUUCCCCGAACAUUUCGCGAGUGCCAUUCCCUACGCUAAACCUCCUCCUCCCAAGGAACCUGGAGAAGGGAAAAUGCAAGUCGUCGAUUCCCCCGCCGCAGCACGAUCGUUACUUUUCGACCUCAUCGACCCUUCCACACCACUCAUUGGGCACGCGAUUGAUAAUGAUCUGAACGUCGUUCGCAUCAUCCAUCCAACCAUCAUUGAUACAGUGCUGCUCUACCCUCACCCGAGAGGACUGCCGAUACGAUACAGUCUCAAGCAUCUGACCAAACUCCAUCUGGAGCGGGAUAUACAAAUGGGCGGCGACAAGGGUCACGAUUCCAAAGAAGAUGCGUUGGCGACGGGGGAUUUGGUCAGGGUCAAGGUAGCUGAGAAGGCGAAGGCGUUGAAGAGGGAGGGCACUUGGCCGUUGAAGAGUUAA